AGUAGUAAUUAAUUUUGGUUUCCGGAUCUCAAACGUAGAGAACCAUAACCGACUCCCCGUUAGGUUACGGGUCAGGUCUAAUUUAUCCCCAAUUCCCAGGGUAAAAAUAUCAGAAGCGCUUUUCCGUCACUCCAACACUUGACAACGGAAGGCGCUGGCGGUCGAUGGCGGUGAAUUUUUCUCCUGCCUCCCUUUAGUUGGCAUUGCUAUAUUACUAUAUACCUACUUCUUGUUACAUAAAUCCUUCUCGUACGGUUCUUCUAUAUCUCUAAUAAUCCUUCGGCUCCAUUUUCUCGGCAAACGAAGAAGCUUCCGUUAUGUCGCAUGUUGGUGGUGGUGCGGAGGCGCGUGCCCGUUUCAAACAGUAUGAGUAUAGAGCCAACUCCAGUCUUGUGCUCACCACUGACUCACGGCCUCGUGAUACACAUGAGCCUACUGGUGAGCCUGAGUCUCUUUAUGGGAAGAUAGACCCGAAGUCAUUCGGUGACCGUGCGUCCAGGGGAAAGCCUCCGGAAUUGGAAGAAAGUCGAAACAAGUCCAAGAGGAAGAAAGAGCGCGAGGCUUUGGAUGCUUCCGAUGCUGCGUUGUUGGCGUCCAGCAGACAGGCCAAGAGGAGGCGUUUUCUUGAGGAGGAGAGUGUGUUGAAUUCGACUGACGAGGGUGUUUAUCAGCCUAAAACAAAAGAAACCAGGGCUGCAUAUGAGGUUUUACUUGGUUUGAUUCAAGAGCAGUUGGGUGGACAGCCUCUUAGUAUUGUUAGUGGGGCUGCUGACGAAAUCCUUGCCGUUCUUAAAAACAGCACUCUUAAGUCAUCUGACAAGAAGAAGGAAAUUGAGAAGCUCUUGAACCCUAUCCCAGAUGAUGUCUUUACUAAAAUGAACAACUGUGGAUUACAAAUCACAGAUUACCAUGAUGGCGGCGAUGCUCCUGCAGCCUCCAAUGGUGAUGAGGGUCUUGAUGAUAACGUUGGUGUUGCUGUUGAAUUUGAGGAGAAUGAAGAGGAGGAGGAUGACAGUGACUAUGAUCAAGUUCAGGAAGAUGAAGAGGAAGAAGAUGAUGGGCUCGACGCUGACGGUCGGGGGGCUAUGCAGAUGGGUGGGAUUGAUGAUGAUGAGAUGCUGGAUGCUAACAAUGAAGGAAUGACUUUGAAUGUCCAGGACAUUGAUGCCUAUUGGCUUCAAAGGAAAAUUUCUCAGGCUUACGGUCAACAGAUUGAUCCUCAGCAAAGCCAACAGCUCGCUGAGGAGGUUCUCAAGAUUCUUGCUGAGGGUGAUGACCGUGAAGUCGAGACAAAACUGUUGGUGCAUCUGCAGUUUGAUAAAUUUGAUCUGGUCAAGUAUAUGCUGCGUAACCGGCUGAAGAUAGUAUGGUGCACUCGUUUGGCGAGGGCGGAAGAUCAGGAAAAAAGGAACCAAAUUGAAGAGCAGAUGAUGGCAUUGGGCCCAGAUCAUACUGCAAUUGUGGAGCAGUUGCAUGCCACCAGGGCAAGUGCAAAAGAAAGGCAAAAAAUUUUGGAAAAAAACAUUAGAGAGGAGGCUCGCCGGUUGAAGGAUGAAAGUGGAGGGGGAGGAGAGGAGGCGGAGCAGCUAGCCCGUAGGAGGGUUACCGAAAGAGAUUCCGAGGGCAGCUGGUUGACUGGUCAACGCCAGGUGCUCGAUCUCGAGACACUUGCUUCAAACCAGGGCAGUUUCUUGCGAACAAAUAAAAAGUGUGAGCUUUCAGAUGGUUCUUUCAGGAGGAACAAGAAAGGGUAUGAAGAAAUACAUGUGCCUACCUUGAAGGCAAAACCAUUAGGACCUGGUGAAGAGCUCGUGAAGAUUUCUUCCAUGCCUGACUGGGCUCAACCAGCCUUCAAAGGAAUGACCCAUUUAAAUAGGGUUCAAAGUAGGGUUUACCAGACUGCCCUUUUCAGUGCAGAUAAUAUCUUGUUAUGUGCUCCUACCGGUGCUGGGAAAACCAAUGUUGCAAUGCUCACAAUCUUACAGCAGAUUGCCCUGAACAGAAACCCGGAUGGGUCAUUUAACCAUGACAACUACAAAAUUGUCUAUGUCGCUCCGAUGAAGGCUCUGGUUGCUGAAAUUGUUGGUAACCUGUCCAACCGUCUUCAGCAGUAUGAUGUGAAGGUGAAAGAGCUCAGUGGAGACCAGUCUUUGACUCGUCAACAGAUUGAGGAAACUCAGAUCAUUGUCACCACGCCUGAGAAGUGGGACAUUAUAACAAGAAAGUCUGGUGAUCGUACAUAUACUCAGCUCGUCAAGUUACUUAUUAUUGAUGAGAUUCAUUUGCUGCAUGAUAAUCGAGGCCCUGUACUGGAGAGCAUUGUUGCCAGAACUGUUAGACAAAUUGAGACCACAAAGGAGCAUAUAAGAUUGGUGGGCUUGUCGGCUACGCUCCCGAAUUAUGUGGAUGUAGCCUUGUUUUUGCGGGUUGAUGUGGAGAAAGGCCUGUUUCAUUUUGACAACAGUUAUCGGCCUGUUCCGCUGGCUCAGCAGUAUAUUGGAAUCACAGUGAAGAAACCUCUGCAAAGGUUUCAAAUGAUGAAUGAUAUUUGCUACGAGAAAGUAAUCAGCAAUGCAGGAAAGCAUCAGGUUCUUAUUUUCGUUCAUUCCAGAAAAGAAACGGCCAAAACUGCUCGUGCUAUACGAGAUACCGCGCUAGCUAAUGACACUCUCGGUAAAUUUUUGAAAGAAGACAGCGCGAGCCGUGAAAUUCUUCAGAGUCAUACUGAGCUUGUAAAAAGCAAUGAUUUGAAGGACUUGUUACCCUAUGGUUUUGCCGUUCAUCAUGCCGGAUUGGUUAGAGCUGAUCGGCAAAUCGUUGAGGAGCUUUUUGCUGAUGGACACGUACAAGUGUUGGUCUCCACUGCAACUCUGGCUUGGGGUGUUAAUCUUCCUGCUCAUACUGUCAUUAUCAAAGGUACUCAGAUCUACAAUCCUGAAAAGGGAGCAUGGACUGAGUUGAGCGCUCUUGAUGUCAUGCAAAUGCUUGGCCGUGCCGGGAGGCCUCAGUUUGAUACUUACGGUGAAGGAAUAAUUAUUACAAUGCACUCUGAGCUACAGUAUUAUAUGUGUCUGAUGAAUCAGCAACUUCCUAUUGAAAGCCAGUUUGUAUCAAAGUUGGCUGAUCAGUUGAAUGCAGAAAUAGUCCUUGGAACUGUACAAAAUGCCAAAGAAGCUUGUGUGUGGCUCCGUUAUACAUAUCUCUUUGUUCGCAUGGUUAGGAAUCCCACCCUUUAUGGUUUGCCAGCUGAUGCUCUUCCUGCUGCGACGUCAGGAGAAAGCAAAGAGGAUCUUGUAAGGAAGAUUAGUGAAGCUGUAAAUCUUUAUUCAGCUGAUCUGAUCCAUUCAGCAGCUACAAUAUUGGACAAGAACAACCUGGUGAAAUAUGACAGGAAAAGUGGGUAUUUCCAGGUUACUGAUUUGGGACGAAUUGCAAGCUAUUACUAUAUAACUCAUGGCACAAUUGCCACGUACAAUGAGCAUUUGAAGCCUACCAUGGGUGAUAUUGAGCUUUGUCGUCUGUUUUCACUCAGUGAAGAGUUCAAGUACGUGACUGUUAGGCAAGACGAGAAGGCAGAAUUGGCUAAGCUGAUCGAUAGAGUCCCGGUUCCCAUCAAAGAGAGUCUUGAAGAACCCAGUGCCAAGAUUAAUGUUCUUCUUCAGGCAUAUAUUGCACGAUUGAAACUUGAAGGACUCUCGUUGACAUCCGACAUGGUUUUCAUUACUCAGAGUGCUGGGCGACUUAUGCGGGCUUUAUUUGAAAUCGCUUUGAAACGAGGUUGGGCCCAGUUAGCUGAGAAGGCUUUGAAGUGGUGUAAGAUGAUCAACAAACGAAUGUGGGGUGUCCAGACACCUCUGCGUCAGUUCCAUGGGAUUCCAACUGAACUUUGGAAGCAGCUGGAGAGGAGUAAUUUCGAUUGGGACCGGUACUAUGACAUGUCUGCUGAAGACUUGGGACAAAUGAUACGUAUUGCGAAGAUGGGCAGAUUGCUCCACAAAUUCAUUCAUCAGUUCCCAAAGCUUAAUUUAUCUGCUCGUGUCCAGCCGAUCACUAGAUCUGUUUUGAAGUUUGAACUUACUAUCACACCAGAUUUCCAGUGGGAUGACAAAGUGCAUGGAUUUGUUGAACCUUUUUGGGUUAUUGUGGAGGAUAACGAUGGAGAAUACAUCCUUCAUCAUGAAUAUUUUAUGCUGAAGAAGCAAUAUAUUGAUGAAGAUCACAUUCUGGAUUUUACGGUAUCAGUUUAUGAACCACUGCCGCCUCAGUACUUCAUACGCGUGGUCUCAGAUCGAUGGCUUAGUUCCCAGAGCAUUUUACCUGUUUCUUUCCGGCACCUUAUUUUACCCGAAAAGUACCCUCCUCCUACGGAAUUGUUGGAUUUGCAACCUUUGCCUGUGACAGCUUUGCGAAAUCCAUCCUAUGAAGCUUUGUACAAAGAAUUCAAGAAUUUCAAUCCGGUCCAAACUCAGGUUUUCACGAUCUUGUACAAUUCGGAUGAUAAUGUCCUUGUUGCUGCUCCAACGGGUAGUGGGAAGACAAUUUGUGCGGAAUUUGCCAUAUUGAGGAACCACCAGAAAAGUUCUGAAAGCACCAUGCGUGCAGUAUAUAUAGCCCCUAUGGAGGCUCUUGCUAAAGAACGCUUUAAGGAUUGGUCGAGGAAAUUCGGAGAUGGACUUGGGAUGCGAGUGGUUGAACUGACCGGGGAAACAGCUACUGAUUUGAAACUGCUCGAAAGAGGUCAGAUAAUUAUCAGCACGCCAGAAAAAUGGGACGCUUUGUCUCGUCGUUGGAAGCAGCGGAAAUAUGUCCAGCAGGUUAGCCUUUUCAUUGUUGACGAACUUCACCUGAUUGGCGGUCAUGGUGGGCCAGUAUUGGAAGUCAUAGUUUCUAGGAUGCGAUACAUCAAUAGCCAGCUUGAGAACAAGAUCCGCAUUGUAGCUUUAUCGACUUCUCUUGCUAAUGCAAAGGAUUUGGGAGAAUGGAUUGGGGCAACCUCUCAUGGCCUUUUCAACUUCCCUCCAGGCGUGAGGCCUGUACCAUUGGAGAUACAUAUUCAGGGUAUUGACAUUGCGAAUUUCGAAGCUCGGAUGCAGGCUAUGUCGAAACCUACUUACACAGCUAUUGUUCAGCAUGCCAAGAAUGGGAAGCCUGCCAUUGUUUUUGUUCCCACUAGGAAGCACACCCGCUUGACAGCUGUGGAUCUGAUGACAUAUGGAAGUGCUGAUUCGGAUCAGGGAAUGUUCCUGUUGCAGUCUCCGGAAGAGCUGGAACCUUUCCUUGAUAGGAUCCAGGAACCCAUGCUGAAAGAAACGCUUCGGUUUGGUGUGGGUUAUUUGCAUGAGGGUCUAACUAGUACUGAUCAAGAUAUUGUAAAGACAUUGUUUGAAACGGGAUGGAUUCAAGUUUGUGUUAUGUGCAGUUCAAUGUGUUGGGGUGUCCCUCUAUCUGCACAUCUGGUGGUGAUUAUGGGAACACAGCAUUAUGAUGGCCGAGAAAAUGCUCAUACAGAUUACCCGGUUACUGAUUUGUUGCAGAUGAUGGGUCAUGCCAGUCGACCUCUUGUUGAUGAUGCGGGGAAAUGUGUUAUCUUUUGCCAUGCACCAAGGAAAGAAUAUUACAUGAAGUUCUUAUAUGAGGCUUUCCCAGUUGAAAGCCACUUGCAUCAUUAUCUGCACGAUAAUUUGAACGCUGAGGUAGUUGUUGAAGUCAUUCAGAACAAGCAAGAAGCAGUUGAUUACUUGACGUGGACCUUCAUGUACAGGAGGCUGACGCAGAACCCGAAUUACUAUAAUUUGCAGGGUGUUAGUCACAGGCAUCUGUCUGACCAUUUAUCAGAGCUUAUUGAGAAUACUAUCAGUGAUCUUGAAGCAAGUAAAUGUGUUCGAGUUGAUGAAGAUUUCUUGCUUUCGCCAUUGAAUCUUGGCAUGAUUGCGUCUUAUUAUUAUAUCAGUUACACAACCAUUGAGCGAUUCAGCUCCUCUUUGACCUCAAAAACUAAACUGAAAGGUUUAUUGGAUAUCUUGGCCACAGCUUCGGAGUACGAGCAACUUCCGAUACGACCUGGUGAGGAAGAGUUGAUUAGGCAGUUGAUCAAUCAUCAGCGUUUCUCAUUUGAUAAGCCAAAGCUCGGUGACCCUCAUGUGAAGGCAAAUGCUCUUCUGCAAGCCCACUUUUCUCGGCAAAUCGUGAGGGGGAAUCUGGCCACAGACCAGCAAGAGGUGCUCAUUUCUGCAAGUCGUUUGCUUCAAGCAAUGGUUGAUGUUAUUUCAAGCAGCGGUUGGCUUAGCCUUUGCCUUCUCGCUAUGGAAGUAUCUCAGAUGGUAACUCAGGGCAUGUGGGAACGUGAUUCCAUGCUAUUACAACUCCCACAUUUCACUAAGGAAUUGGCAAAGAAGUGUCAAGAGAAUCCUGGGAAGAGCAUUGAGACUGUUUUUGAUCUUGUGGAAAUGGAGGACGACGAAAGGCGUGAUCUCUUGCAGAUGUCGGAUACGCAGUUGAUGGACAUUGCUCGGUUUUGCAACCGUUUCCCGAACAUUGACCUGUCAUACGAUGUGCCAAACAGUGAUAAUGUAAGUCCUGGAGAAGUUGUCAGUGUUCAUGUGACCCUAGAAAGAGAUCUUGAGGGACGGACUGAAGUGGGACCUGUGGAUGCCCCCAGAUACCCUAAAGCUAAGGAGGAAGGAUGGUGGCUUGUGGUGGGCGACGUGAAAAACAACCAACUGGUGGCCAUUAAAAGAGUUACACUCCAGAGGAAGUCAAAAAGCAGACUCGAUUUUGAGGCUCCAGCAGAACCAGGAAAGAAGACAUACACGCUGUACUUCAUGUGUGAUUCCUAUCUAGGGUGUGACCAGGAGUAUACCUUCAGUAUUGAUGUCAAAGAGGGCGAUGCUUCUAGAGAAGACAUGGAUAGAGACUAAAGAUGUUGCUGAAAUAUUGAGGAUUCAGUUUGAGGGGUGCCUGGGGAUGAGAAUGCUUGUUUUGGAGGUUCAAUAAGAGAAUGCUGUUGCCUUGUGGUCUUCUGUCGCAGCAUGAAGAACGACUGGUAGAUGUGGAUUGUGUUCAACCUCCGCUGUGCUGCAUGAACGGACAGUGCCUGCUCCAGUUGUUGUGUUGUCAUCUGUUAAUACUGUGGCGGUGUAGUUUUAGCUUAUGUGUAGUCUUUUGCCUGCUGAUGUUAAUGGGAUGAAAACUCAAGAAAUUUUCUCUAGCAGUCUUUCUACAUUCCACUCGCAUAAGCUACACUGUUUAAAGUUUGAAUUUACUUUGUAGCAAGUUGUGUAUGUUCCUUUACAGAUUCGGUUGGCUUGGUUUCUUUUUACUACGAAACCAUUUAUACUAAAACUAAGCUUUGUUCAUUCCUUUCAAGUAUCAUCAUUGUGCUGGAUUUAUCAUGCUAAAUUACAACUUGUCGGGUAAAGUGGUAAGAAGCUCGACAUUUCUAACAUGGCGACG